CCUGGGCUCGGGGGACCACGGAGCCAGGCCGGGGCUUAGGGAGCUUGUCCUGCUCCUCCCUGGGCUGUAGCCUUCGCGCCGGGGGUGCCUCUGUGCUGGGCCUCUGCGGAAGUGAGAAUGGACUGGCAGGUGAUGCCACGUUGAUCCAUGGUGCCACGGCACUUUAGAAACAAGUAAAUUUUCCUGUUAGAGUCGGGCUAAGGGAUUAGAUCCCCGAGGACGCCCGAGGAGGAAGACACAGUCCCUGGAGUCGGCGAGCCCCCAGGGCCACGGAGCAGAGAGGCACACGUGGGUGGAUGGUGAGGCAGAGCAGCAAAGCAGCUGCGUCCAGCAUGGAGAGCCUGGCUGGCACGGCCCCCACCCCCCGCCCCGCGGCGCUACCUUACUACGUGGCUUUCUCCCAGCUGCUGGGCCUGACCGUGGUGGCCACGACUGGCGCUUGGCUGGGUCUGUACCGAGGCGGCAUCGCCUGGGAGAGUGCCCUGCAGUUUAAUGUGCAUCCCCUCUGCAUGAUCAUUGGCCUGAUCUUCCUGCAGGGGGACGCCCUGCUGGUUUACCGGGUCUUCAGAAACGAGGCCAGACGCACAACCAAAGUCCUGCAUGGGCUGCUCCACGUCUUUGCGUUCAUCAUCGCCCUGGUGGGCCUGGUGGCGGUGUUCGACUACCACAGGAAGAAGGGCUAUGCUGACCUGUACAGCCUGCACAGCUGGUGCGGCAUCGUCAUCUCUGUUCUCUGCUUUGUGCAGUGGCUCGUGGGCUUCAGCUUCUUCCUAUUCCCUGGAGCUUCGUUUUCCCUGCGGAGCCGCUACCGCCCGCAGCACGUCUUCUUUGGUGCCGCCAUCUUCCUCCUCUCUGUGGGCACAGCCCUGCUGGGUCUAAAGGAGGCGCUGCUAUUUAAGCUCGGGACCAAGUACAGCGCGUUUGAGCCUGAGGGCGUCCUGGCCAACGUGCUGGGCUUGCUGCUGGUCGGCUUCGGCAUGGCUGUGCUCUACAUCUUGACUCGUGCUGACUGGAGGCGGCCACCCCACGCGGAAGAACAAGCUCUCUCCAUGGACUUCAAGACGCUGACGGAAGGCGACAGCCUCAGCCCCCAGUAACUCCUGCUCUUGUUCUCUAGAAAAGGGCCUGCCUGCCGCCAGCCACCCCGAUUCUGGGGAGCCCACCCCCAGAGGCUGUUUGCAGGAUUAGCAGCUCCAGGGAGGGUCCCAGCCCAGUGGGUGGGAGCACGGGGGCAGCCUGCCCUUUUGAGCGCUGAUUUCUGGGGUUUAGGGCUUGGCCUCCUCUGCUUUCCCUUCCUCGCUGCUGCUGCCUUAGAGUCCUGCCAGGAGUGCACAGGCCCCUGAUCCUGCUGUCCGUCGCCCCUCAAAUGGAGAAGCUUUGGGUUGGACUCUGGGUGGUUACCCUGGUUGUGGAAGCACAUAGUCCCUGAAGGAUGGGAGCAGCGCCCCCCACACCCCCAAGGCAGCUGAUACUGGGCCACAUUCAGGGGCCGCUGAGAGCACAAGGCUGUGGGAGAAACCAUGAGCUUUGUGACAGGCCUGGCAAAGCCAAAGCUCGCUUUAUGUAACACUGAAUCCAAACCAGGCGUCUCGCUAGCCUGAACAGCACGUGAUAUGAAUGAGCCCGGUCUUUGGCAGUGCAGGAAGUGACACGAUGGGUAAAAUAUGUUGGUGUUCAGAGCAAGGUUCCCCGCGUGGGGCAGGACGGGCCCUGGGAAGCUCUGGGGACGGGGCUGCGGCCCAGCUGUGCCCCGAGCCUCCCCCUCCUUGAGCCUUCAGUGGCCCCGGGCAGUGGGCGGAGGCGAAGGAGGUAGCCGCCUGCUCACUCCUGCAGGGUCGUGACCAGCCCGCCCAGGCUGUGCUCUGACAGCUGAGGCGUGUGUCUUUUCAAAGUGAAAAAUGAUCGCUGUUGUCCUGGUUCCCUUUCCGUGAGGAGGGCGGGGCUGUCUGCUUCUGUUCAGGGGGGACGCCUCAUCCUCUCUUAUCCGGGCCCGUUUUUGUGGGAAAUUGGGACCGAGUCAGAAUCAGAUUAACCUCCCUCCAUCCCCGUAUGUGAUGCUGUGAGCUGAUCAGUCUGGCUUUGGUCUAGAAAUAACGUGAUUAGAGCACUGAUCUUGUGCUUCGUAACUUGGCAGCUGCCCUCUCGUUUUCCUCAUUUUUUGGGCUUUGAGGAACAUGACACAGUUUGAGACAGACACAGUACUUAAAAGAAGAAAUAAAAUCUCCCAAUUUGACUACUAUUCUCUUAACAGCUGCCUUCUGCACACGUAAAAGCUGCCUUAGGGAAAGGGGCUAGUCCCGUUAAGGCCCAUUGCUUAUCCUUGCCUGUGCCCGGGCGAUGCCCCUGCGCAGGGUGGCGGCUCUGGUCCAGCACCCCCCACAACCCCCAGGAGGAUGGCCAGGGCCCCCGCCUAGCCUCUCCCCGUCUCCGCUGCAGCUGGCCGCGGCGAGGGUGUGCGUCCCCAUCUACAGUGUGCUCUGCAAGGGCAGGGGUGCCAUCAGUUCUCUCAUCACCGGGCACACACUUGUAGAGCCAAAUAUUUACAUGUGGGAAAACGCCACCUUAGACAAACUACCAAAGUACAAUUGUGAAUCUCCCUUGCCUAAUGCCACAAAGAGAAAUGGAACCUUAUUUGCAAAGAAGUCUGUAAACUGGUCUGUUUGCCAAAGUGUACACUGGAUGAGACUAAGGAGCCGAAAAGCCCUCUGCCCCAACCAAAGCUCAUGGUGGUGGUUUAUUUUCUUUUGCCUGUGGCCAGUCGUCUGUGAAGAGCAAUGUAGUGGAACAAAUGAUUCAAUAAAUGUCUCCAGCAGA